UUCAAGCCUCGUGUCGGCAAACUCUGCCCUUUCUCUUCUCACCGCUUGGCUGGAUAUAAUCACCGGUGUUUGAAGUGCUCAUAAAAAAUUAAUAUUUUCUUAAAUUUUUUAUCAAAUUUUUUCUUUUAAUUAAAAAAAAAAGUUAUUCAAAAAUGUCCGUGUGGAGAAUACAGCGUAUAAUUCUCUCAAGAAGAUCCUGUUUUAGAAAAUUGUCACAAAGGAAACUUUGCAUCAUACCAUGUGAGACAACUCAGCGGCCUCAGCGUUUAUCAGCAUUGGUAUGCAACUCUGUUAGACUUUUUUCAUCUCAGACUGCAGCAGAAAGUAAAACUGAAGCUGAACUACAUAACAUCAUAAGAGACACAGAGAAAGCUUCAGGUGACAGUUCGAAAUAUGAAUUUCAAUCCGAAACUAGAAUGCUAUUAGAUAUUGUUGCCAAAUCUCUUUAUUCUGAUAAGGAGGUUUUUGUACGUGAAUUAAUUUCAAACGCAAGUGACGCUCUGGAGAAACUUCGGUACAUAAGAUCCAGUGAAAAUUUAUCAACCGAUGAAGGUGGCGAUAGAAGUUUGGAAAUUCACAUUGGAACCGAUAAACAGAACCGAAUACUUACACUUCAAGACACUGGAAUUGGAAUGACUCGCGAUGAAUUGAUUUCUAAUUUAGGAACAAUUGCCCGUUCUGGCUCGAAGGCAUUCUUGGAAAAAUUGAAAGAAAAACAAAGCUUUGAUGCUUCAAAUAUUAUUGGACAAUUUGGCGUUGGAUUUUACAGUGCUUUUAUGGUUGCCGAUAAAGUUGAAGUAUUCACUAAAUCUUAUCAAAAGGAUGCUGAGGGUCUUUACUGGAAAACUGACGGAUCGGGAACGUAUGAAAUUUCAAAUGCCGACGGAGUACAACCGGGAACAAAAAUAGUUUUACAUUUACGAACAGAUUGUCGAGAAUUUAGCGACGAUGACACAAUUAACAAAGUUAUAAAGAAAUACAGUAAUUUUGUUGGAAGUCCCAUUUUCGUGAAUGGAAAAAAAGUCAAUACUAUUCAGCCUCUGUGGACAAUGGAACCAAAGGAUGUGACUCAAGAGCAACAUGCGGAAUUUUAUCGUUUUAUUGGCAAUUGCUACGAUUCACCACGUUUUACAUUACAUUAUUCGACAGACGCGCCAAUUAAUAUUAGAGCAUUGCUCUAUUUUCCCGAUGAAAAGCCGAGUAUUUUCGAAAGUAGCACGAGUUCAUCAAUUGGAGUUUCAUUGUACAGUCGGAAAAUUUUAAUAAUGAGUAAAGCGGAUACAAUUUUACCAAAAUGGUUGAGAUUUAUUAAAGGCGUUGUCGAUUCAGAGGACAUUCCACUUAAUUUAAGUAGAGAAUUGCUGCAAAAUAGCGCCCUCAUUGCAAAACUUCGUAAUGUUCUAACGUCUCGAAUUUUGAAAUUUAUGUACGAUCGGUCGGUGAAACAAACCGAGGAAUUUACGAAAUUUUACAAAGACUAUGGAUUCUUUUUAAAGGAAGGAAUCGUUAUGAGUAACGAUACAACUGAAAAGGAAGAUAUUGGUAAACUUAUAAGAUUUGAAUCAUCAUUGAAAGAACCUGGAGAAUUAGUUAGUCUUCCGGAAUAUUGUAAAACUCUAACACCGGAGCAAAAGGAUAUUUAUUACUUGGCUGCACCAAGUCGAACAUUAGCAGAACAAUCGCCAUAUUAUGAAUCAUUCAAGAAGCGAAAUCUUGAAGUACUUUUCUGCACAGAACCAUACGAUGAAUUGGUUUUAAUGCACUUGGGACGUUUCAAUAAUCGUAAUCUCACUUCCGUGGAGAAGGAAUUGAGACAGGAUCCAGAUGCAGGAAAAGACGAUCAAUUUGAAUCAAUAAAUAAGGGCGAAAUUGACAAUUUGAUAAGCUAUAUGAAAACAGUGUUGGACAAAAAGGCUUUUGAAGUUAAAACAACAAAUCGACUCGAAUCGCAUCCGUGCGUUGUGACUGUUCAGGAUAUGGCCUCAGCGAGGCAUUUUAUUCGAACGCAAAGUCACAAAUUGGACGAAAAUUCAAGAUAUCUUAUGCUGCAACCACGAUUUGAAAUUAAUCCAAAACAUCCGAUUAUACAAAAAUUAGUGAAAAUUAGCAGUUCAGAUUCCGUUUUAGCCGAGCUUCUUACAAAACAGUUGUUUAUGAAUGCGAUGGUUGGCGCCGGUCUUGUCGAAGAUCCACGAACAUUGCUGACGAGUAUGAAUGAAUUAUUAGCGAAAGCCUUAGAGAAACAUUGAUUAUAAUAAAAAGAAAAUAAGAGAUGCAGUUGAGAGCUAUUUUUAAAUUCUAUUCGCCUACGCAAGGGGAAUUUUGAUUAAAAAGAAAAAAUUCCCAAUAAAGGCGGUGAUCAAAACCUGUGAUUUCUUCAACUUUGUUGAGUGAGUAUUAAGAAAACACCAUUGUUAACAUUACUUUUUUGAAAUGAAUUUUGAAAUUCUUUGAUUUUACGAUUUUUCUUCAAAGAGGCAUGCAAAAGUUUAGAUUGAAAACAAAAUUUCUAUAAAUAUUUCAGUAUUUAUUUUAAUUCCUUUUUCUGUAAAAAUUUUGCUGGAUUCUUUUCUUUAAUUCUUACUUAAUUUAUUAAAUCUAAAACAACUGAUAUCGUUGCAGAAAGAAGUGCUAAAGGAACCUUUGCUUACAUUUAUUUUGAAA